CAGCCGCUCGCCGGCGAGAAGCCUUCAGGGUGAAAAUGCACCAUGGCAUGGGUGGAUCGGUGGGCGAUCGUCACGGCGUUCAAAAUCCGGCGAUGCAGGCCAGGAAUGGGGUGUGCGACAAAAUCGAAAAUUACAUAUCCGAGCUAGGCCGAUGGGCAGUAUGGAGGGCGAUAAUAAUGGGCCAAUUUCUCUCGCUGGUGCUAUGCUUCAUGACGCUCGUAAAUCAUCACAUAAACACCGCCUCGUACAAGCUUUCGCUUCCAACAGGACAAAAUCUUCCACACUAUGUGAUGAUGUGCUUAGUUUAUACGACGUGGAUGUCCUGCAGAGGUGUGGGGAAUGGCCUAAUUUCCGUUAUAAGAGCCCGUGGCUGGAGAUACUUGCUGUUAGCACUGAUUGACGUUGAAGCAUGCACGCUUAUUACAUCGUCACAUCAAUUUACCAGCCUCGCUAGCAUACAGCUUCUCGACUGUGUGGCGAUACCGGUUGCCUUGGUACUCUCGUUUCUAGUAUUGGGCGUCAGAUACAGAAUGGUACACAUCGUUGGUGUGUCCGUUUGUUUGAUGGGCGUCGGAUGCCUAGUUUGGGCCGGUAUAGAUGACAAUAAUCCUACGGCUACCGGAAAGAAUCAACUCGUCGGCGAUAUGCUUUGUCUCGGAGGCGCGGUAUUAUUUUCGGUGACGACAGUCCUGCAAGAGCUGGCCGUUAAAACAGUCGAUAUUAUUGAAUACCUGGGCAUGAUCGGUUUCUUUGGCACAAUAUUGAGCUGCAUGCAAACUGCCGUGCUCGAGAAAUUUCAAAUAGAAACGUUCCAUUGGGACAACGCACCGGUAAUAACGAUCCUGAUUCUCUAUUGCAUCACGCAAUUCAUGUUCUUCUCUCUAGUGCCGGUAAUAUUGUUUGAGUCUGGUGCUACUGCAUUGCAACUGGCGCUACUCACUUCGGAUUCCUUUAAUAUAUUAGUUGGAAUGCUUAAUCAUCACUACAAGUUUCACGCAUUGUACUUUGUUUCGUAUACACUUACGAUGACCGGCAUAUACAUAUACGCGAUAAAAAGAACACCGAUAUCAUCAAAUUCCCGAAGGCAGCAUAUCGAACCGCCUAUUCCAGACUACAGACACAUGUCCCAUCCUGACGUCGGCGAGGUGGAGAUGGCCACGAGCUCCGGAAUGUCCGGAGUAAGCGGCACCCUCGAUAUCAGAGCGUCCACCCUCGGCAGCGAAAGGGAGACAAUGGACGCAACGAGCCUACCCCUAAGCGUUAGCUCCGACACGGCCUUCACCUCUUUCUAUGGCAGUCAGGCGAAUUUGAAGGCUGCGAACGGGAAGAGCGAUUCUGCCUGUAAUUAAUAAGCGGAAGGAAACAACUGCCUAGAAUAGAAUAUCGCGCGAUCCCUUCGAUCAAAAUGCAACAUUUCUCAAUAUGGGGCUCUUAAAGAGAUUUAAAAAAGUGUUUAUAUAUCGACACGAUAAUUAUACAAACUAGCACACAAUAUAAAAACUCUUC